AUGGCUAGUUUUUCAUUGUUUCUGCUGACAGUAACGGUCAUCCUGAAAAGAUUUUCACCUGUAGACGGACAUGGUUUGUGUUUCAGUAACAUACACCAGGAGCUGCACAGCUACUAUAAGACUUUCAUGCACUUAGAGACCAUUGGAGUAUUACAGUGUAUCAAGGAAUGUAAUAAACACAGAUUGUGUCAGAAAAUUAAUCACGACAGGGUACAGCUCACAUGUGACCUCAUGAUGACGUAUGCGGAAGAAGGAAAAGUGACGUCACUUCUGGAUGUGGCGUCUGUACAGAUGGACAAUUCUAAGUGUUUACCGAACAGUUGUUCAGAGACUCAAGUCUGUGUCGACAUGAGAGAUGGUGGUCAUACAUGUCUUGACCAAGCUGUUUGUCCUGCUCCGGACUGGGUGUUGUACAGCAACAAGUGUUACUUCUUCAGGCAAUCCCGUAGUGACGCAGACGAAAGUGAGGGUUUUUGUGGAGGGAUGAAUGCAAAGCUUGUGAGAAUCGACAACGAUGGAGUGAAAGCUUUCCUGAAAUCAGAAAUAGAUAGACGAGCCUUUACAAUAGAAUGUAAAGCAAAGCAGAAGUCAUGGUGA